GUGACGUAAACAGGAAGGACGCGACAGCGAAAGUGCACACACACACACACACACACAUGGUGUGAGGAGGCGGAGUUGGUAAAACAGGAGACACACACACACACAUGACAUAACACAGUCUAUUAAAAGUCCUCAUGUGCGAGAAGUCGCGCUAACGUCAGCCAGAGACGAGGACGGACGUUAUUUCUAAUGUAGCUUAGCUUAGCUUAGCUUAGCUACACGGUUGCUAGGUGAAGCUGAAGAUGGCUCAGCGGGUCUCCACGUCCUUCCUGCAGAGAGGAGAGGAGCACAAGAGGAUCUGUGUUUACGACUGCCGCGUAGAAAAUGGCAAAGCCACCCAGAAGUUUCUGGAGUCGAGUGGUUUGGACUUCAACGACUUUCUCAAACACCUGCACAAGGAAUUUAAAAUCGGAUCGCAUGAAACGUUUGUGGUCGCUACGACGGACAGGACAGUCCUGGAUUUUAACAAAUUUGAGGAGCUUCAGGAUGGCAGCACCCUGUACUUGUUGCAACACAAGAACCAAGCCCUGUCAGUGGCAACAGAGGAGCAGAUCAAUUACCUGCCCCAUUAUGAUACCUUGAUCCGGAGCGGCAUGUAUGAGUACUAUGCCAGCGAGGGCCAGAAUUCAUUGCCGUACGCGCUUGCUGAGCUGAUCGACAACGCUCUCUCUGCCACAGCUAAGAACACAGGAGUGAGGACAAUAGAGAUACGGAUGAUGUUUGAUGAAAGUCUUGGGAAGCCUGCAGUGAUUGUUUUAGAUAACGGGUGUGGGAUGACCUCUAAACAGCUCAACAACUGGGCAGUGUACAGACUCUCUAAAUUUUCCAGGGAAAACAGCAAAUUUGCAAGUCAGCAAGAGGGGUAUAUCCGGCCUGACCCUGUCCCUCGCAGCCUCAACAGCGAUAUAUCCUACUUUGGAGUUGGAGGAAAACAGGCUGCUUUCUACAUCGGAGAUUCAGCCAGAAUGAUGAGUAAACCAGUCAACUCCCCAGAUGUCCAUGAGCUGAUUCUGUCAAAAGACGAGUUUGAGAAAAAAGAGAAGAACAAUGAGGAUAUUUACAGCGGGAGGAUCAAAAACAGAAAGCCUGGCGACUCUAAACACAUCAAAAACGAUGACGAACACUUCCUCCAUGCCCUCAUCGCCGAGGAAUCUAGGAAGGAAAGCUUCACAGCGGUGGUCAUCAUGGGAGUGCAGCCCGAGCACGUCACCUUUCUGAAAAAGGAUUUCGAAGUGUGGGUCAGACAGCUAGCUCAUAUAUAUCACUAUUACAUUCAUGGAGUCAAUGGAAAUGACACAAGAAAGAACUCUAGAAACUCAAAUCAAACAAAAAUUAACAUUCAGAUCACUUUGCGAGAGAAGCCUCCCAAAUGUCCCCGUGUGAUGGAUCUGAGGGAUGUUGACAACGACAUGGAGACCCUGUACAUAAAUUCAGCUGCGGACACGUUUGAGUUCAAGGCGCUCACUGCACAAGACGGUGGCACAGUGGAAGGAGUCAUUCGGUAUCAUCCCUUCCUCUACGACAGGGAGACUUACCCUAAAGACCCUUGUGCUGAGCAAGCCUCUCCUGAUGCGGAUGAUGACGAUGAUUGUGCUAACGAGUCCGGAGUCCAGCAUCAGGCGAGAGGGAAAAAGGCGAUAUUUGACUGUUUCUGGAAUGGACGGCUCAUCCCUUACACCACAGUCUCUGAGUUUGACUGGUGCACAGAUAAAAAAUCAAAGCUGCCCGCAGAGUGUUACAAUCGGAUUUCAGGAGUGCUUUUCACGGAUGACAAAUUCCAGGUCAGCACGAACAAGCUGACCUUCAUGGACCUGGAGCUGAAACUGAAGAACAAGGACACUAUCUUCACACGCAUUGUUAACGGACAGUGUCCACAGGAAAAGAACAGUUCGGCAGAUUCCCCCCUCCCUGCUCAAGCGAGCAAGAGUGUGACAGGGAAAAAAGAUCAGUCAAAGAAAGCAGGUCUGCCACUACGUCCUUCCCCCAUCAAGAAACAAAGAGGUCACCUUCAGAAGGAGUUUACGAAGUGGCUAGAAAACUGUCACAAGAAGUUGGACAAGCAAAUCCAGUUCAAGGGCUACAUGGAGACCAUAACACGAACAGAAUUGCCGAAGAAGAUGCAGGAAUUUUGGGCGACGUUCUCCUCCAUCGUAUGGGACAAGAAAACUUACACGACAGGCGAUCUUGUGAAGUCUCAUAAAACGGGGAUCAAUCUGUACGGUGUCGUGGUUCGGUUUUUACUGUACGGAAAUCACAAAGAAGACGUGUUUGCCACAGCAGGAUUCGUUGAACUGGCUCUGGAACCCAAAGCACUUUACGAUAAGGUCAGGAUCAUACCCAUUUCGAAGAUUGACCAGACGGCCACCAAAGAUGCCAUCAUAAAAAACAUCAACAAGGACCUUGCCAAACUUCCAGAGAAACUUAAGGUGGACUGGCCUGACCGUAACCCCUGGCCACAGAAUGCCAUUCGUCCAGCUGGGACUGUGUUAGGGCCUUUCAGAAUCGAAAUUCUUAACAAGAAUGAGGACUCAUUAAGCAGGAUGCCGUCAGUGGGCCAAGGACCAGUGAAAAAACUUCUUGUCGUGCUCAAACUAAUCCACCAUGGUGCUAAAGGGGAUCAAGAGAUUGCCUCCUUCACUGCCUCACAUGGAAAGUGGGCCUAUUGGUUCAAAAGCUUUGAGAAUUUGACCAACCUGGGGAAGUAUAGUCUGUGUCUGAACACUGCGAUAAAUGAAAGUAACGUGACCGUCUUCGGAGGCAGCGAGCUUCCAAGCUACAAACUCAAUUUCACCAUCAAAGAGGGCAGUGCUGAGAGUUUCGUCAUCGAUGUGGCAAGCCCCUCUCUUAAUGUAGGAACGCCAUUCGACAUUCCUCUGCGGAUAAAAGAUGCGUAUGGCCACCCAACGACGCCUCCACCCAAUCUCAAACCUGUACUUGAAUGCAGUGGCCUGGAGGUGAGUUAUGAGAAAGUGGACAGCAGCGGAACCACGUUCACCAUCAGAAGUGUCAAAGCAAGAGGAAGAGUCCAGAAAGAAUCAAAGCCAUUCGACCUGACUGUGACGCUGCCUGGCAUGAAAACAGAGACACAGAUUAUCAAGAUAUUUGUUUAUCCCGGUUUGCCACACUCCCUCCAUGUGAUGCCAGAAGAAAACCCAAUCAUAGCGGAGAACGGAAGCCGUGUCGAGUUUAAUGUUGAAAUUCACGAUGAGGCUGGAAACAUCACCGCUCACCCCAAACAGACGGUUCGCUGCCAGGUUCAUGGGUAUGCACCGGACGUUAUCGACUGCAGCAGCACAGGAACUGGACAGUUUGUGACAAGGCCCAUCAACCUGAAAAUAAUAAAGGGAGAACCACAAAAGCUCAAAGUUCAUUUUGAGAUGUCUAAUCAGAAAAACAUUGCGGCGGUUGUGAGGGAGCUGAAGGUGAUUCCCAGCACACGAGUGGCCACGAUGGAGCUGUACAGCCAAGUUGAUGAGAAUCUGGUGCUGAGGAACAAGGAAAAGAUCGAGUGGAUGGCCGGAGGCUUGCUGGAGAAUCUGUUUUAUAGGCUGUAUGAUGAGGCUGGUAGAGAGGUACCGCUCACUGCUGAAAUAGGCUCCAAGAUCAAGGUAAACUGGACAGGAGACGCAAAUCUGGCCGAUUUGGUUCAGGGGAAGCUUCCUGAUGUUCAGGUGCCCAGGCAGGUGCAAAAAGAGCACUUCUACCAGGUCUCCUACCAAAACCAGAGUGUGUCUGUCUCCUUUACCAUAACGCCUCGCCCGGAUGAACCAGCACGCCUGAAAGUAACUCUGCCCCAGAGCACGUUGAGGUUAGGUGAAAUCCUGCCUGGAAACAUCAACUUGGAGCUUGUGGACCAGUAUGACAAUGUAACCAAGUCGCUUACCCCCAGCUGUGUGAACCACAUGAGCGUGAAAGCUGACGGUCUGGACACAUCGGCUGUCGCCUUUACGUGGCAGGAGAGCUGCUGUUCUGUUCUGGUAACGGGGAUUCGGUUCCAGUCUGGGACUCUUGGCCCCAGAGAGAUCUGCUUCACCUACAAAAGUUAUGUGGAGCGGGUCAUAGUAAAAGUCACCGCUGGAGUACCUGCACAGCUUAAACUAGUCAGUGAGCCGGAGAAGCCUUUGCAGGUGUUGAACGACAGCGGCAUCCCCACGCCGUUUCUCAUCCAACUAUGCGAUGAGUGGGGAAACCCCUCUUCAGACCGCAGGGUUGUUGUAGAAUUGAGGUCCUCACCCCCGACACUGAAGUUGACGACCGCUGUUACCUCACAACCUGUGAACGCUGAAGGGAAAGCCUCUUUCACUGUCACCAGUGUGAGCGGACCAAAGGGGUACUAUCAGCUAGAGUUUAGGGGGUCCUUCAACAAGAAACCCAUCACCGGUCCAUCAGUGAAUAUCACCGUACUCCCUGAUCCCACCAAACCUGUCAGCCUGACAGUGAAGUAUGACACCAACACCAAGUUUCCUGCUGGAGGCAAAUUUCCAGUGUUUUUGGUGACCGUGUUGUCCGACGAAGGAAGCCCGAUGAUGACUUUUAACCCCGCGGCUGUGACCAUGUUUCUGUGGAGGGGGGGAGCGACACAGAACACGCCUCCACAAGGGGCCACUGAGCUGAGGUGUAGUAAACCCAUGGAGAAUGAGAAGAACGACUGCUUUUACUUCAGAGAUAAAGAGAUCCCAGAACACACUGGAAAGCACACCAUCCAGUUUUCUCUACAAAUAGCCAAAGACAAAUUCCUGUUCAGUAAUCAGAUUAGUGUAAACGUGGUGGCCAAUCAACCUGUCAAACUGGGACCUGACUCUCAGCCACCGACCCCAGUUGUUUCCUACAGCAAGGCCAUUUCCAGCCGGACGUUGGUGGAGAAUAUGACUCUAAGGAUAAUGGACUCGUAUGGAAACCCAGCUGGGGAGGAUCUGGAUGGGACGGUGAAGGUUUCUAUAAAGAACUGUAGUGGAUACAACAACAAAACGCUCCCUUUGUUUGAAGGCAAAGCCAACAGCGUUCAGUUUAGCUUGGCGAAAGGAAAGGCCGACAUCAACAGGCUGGCCGUCAUGGAGAACAGCCCGGGUGAGAACGGCAGUUCGUACAUCCUCCUCUUCAAACCUGAAGUGAGGAUGCGUUCCACACCCCUCGAUCCCUUCGAGCUCCGCUUCGAAUUUUACAACGACGUGGAAAAGCAACAGAAAAUGGCAGAGCUAACGAGGAAGAGAGAUGAGCUCAUAACUGCUAUCGAACAUUAUAAAGACAUCUUCUUUAGAUAUGAUGAACUACGUCAAAUGUUGGAGGCUCAAUACCAGGAAGCAGCUAAAAAAGAGACGCACCAUCGAAUCGAGCUGCAAAGUAGGAGCGUGAACAUCAAGCAACCUGUAACCCUCACUGCUAUUGAUAGACUUUUAGCAGAGAAGAAAGCUGAUGUUGACAGGAUCGAGAAAGCACCCAGAAGAGUCUGCGUCAUCCGCGAUCACUUCAAGGGGCAGCAGGAUGUUUUGGGGAUGGUUGGCCACUUGGCGUACGUGCAGGAUGAUGCUGCUGCGAGGGUCAUCUCCUGGCACAUCAGGGGGGACAUGGAUUGUGUCAUCACCAAAACGUCAGAAGCGGCGCGGAGGAUCUAUCGCGACACACAAGGCAGGCAGCAGGUCAUGGCCCUGGACAGUGUGUUUGUGACACCAGGCGACAGACUGCUGCCACACAUAAGAAACGGACGCAAUCUCUUUGACCCCCCUGGGAAUCCAGUCUACGCCAGAAAGCUCCUGAUUUACCCCCAUGACCAUGAGAGCUGCGACAUCGUUUUUAAAAACAUCCUCGGAGAUACUAUCCUGAUAGAUGACCUGGACUCUGCAAACAACUACAGGAGGGCGGUGGUCCAGAAUAAGACCCAGUGUCCCACCAUCCUGACCAGACAGGGGGACCGGAUCAGUUCUAGGGGAAAGUUCGGAGGCACCCAAAACAAAGCCCCGGACAUCAUGUCACAAGUGUUUGGAGCCCCUUACCCAACACAUUACUACACUCUUAAAGGACAAAUAGACCGGCUGAUUCAGUAUCACUCGAUUGUGGUGAAGAGGGAUAACGCAGCAAAGGAAUGCGAGGAGCACAUGAAGAACAUGAACUCACCUGAAAUGCAACAAAAGCAAAAAGAAAUGGAGGAAUUCAAUCGACAGCUGAAGGAUAUUGACAGACAACGUGCCUCUAGACCAGUAUUACCCGUGAAACGACAUCCUGAAGAUGCUACUGAGCCAUCCGGCAUCAUGACAAAGAGACAGAAGUAGAGAUCCACAAAAGAAGCUGACUGGUUCUACGUUAUAGUUUAAACCAUAUGCCUCUUUGGUACUUUUAUUUUAUUACGCAGAUCACUGACAUGUUAUUCAUUUUUAUUUGUACAGUUCUGUGUUUUUUAUCGUUUUAUAAGUUCUUAUAGCAAAGUUCUGUCCAUGCAUGUUAUACAUAUGUCCAACGAAUGUAUUGAAAAAUAUAUAGAUUUACAAAGA